AUGAAAUACAUAUCUAUGGUCGCGAUGGACAGCAAAACUCUGGCGAAUCGUCUCAUCUUCGACCCUUCGUCGCCAAAGCGAAUUGCUUUCGAUUUGCUGGCCAUGAUCUUCUUGCUGUACGACUUGUGCUUGACUCCCGUUACCAUCGCAUGGGACUUUCCCAUGGUUGGUUGGCUCUUGUAUUGCACCUCAGCUGUUGCGGUGUUUUGGACGAUUGACAUGGUCGUAAUGUGCCGUACGGCAUACUACCAUGCAGGCAAGCUGGAGACCAGACCGCUGAUGAUUUUUCGAAGGUAUUUGAGGAGCACUUUUGCUUUGGAUCUCAUCAUAGUGUGUGUUGAUUGGUUAACGGUUUUUGUGAACAGCAUCUUCCCCGAGACGCAGGCCAACGACAAUCCUGAAGUGAUUGGUGCGAAAUUAGUCCGCUUCUCCAAAGCUACUCGCGCCGUUCGCAUUGUGAGCGUGACCCGAGUUGUCCGCAUCCAAGUGUACCUUGAGCACCUGGGCGAUCGUUUGCAUGGCGGGUCAUCAACGAAGUAUGUUGGAGACAUGGCCAGACUGAUUGUCAUCAUCCUUUGGAUCAACCACGUGAUGAGCUGCACUUGGUUCUACAUUGGCCGGGUCACUGUUGGCGACACAGGCACGAGCUGGCUUAACGACCCAAUCCGGGAUGAGAACAGCCCGUUCUACUCUGACACCUUGCCGCUGUUCCAGUAUACCACCGCCUUUCACUGGGCCAUCACUCAGAUGACACCCGGCUCGAUGCAGGUGCGACGAAUUGUGGGGCAGGGACUGUGGCAUUAUUUCGAGAUAACAGCUUUAUAUCAAAGACAUCCAAUGUAUGUCCUGAGCAGGGUUUACUUAAACGCCGGGACAUGUCUUACACUUAGCCCUCGACAAGGGAGAGUAGGAGAACAGUGA